AUGGCGGAGUUUCGAAUCCUUCGCCACAAACUUCCUAGAAACCUCCUUCUUCACCGAAGUAGCCUUCACAAUCUUCGCCUUCGGCUUCAAUACAUCUUUCACUUUAGGUUUUACAGCAGCUUUCGGUUUCGGUUUCGCAGUGGCUUUAGCGGCAAUUUUGGUCGGAGCGGUUUUCUUGGGUUUGGUUUGAGCGGUGAGGUUUCGAAUAGCGUAAGGAUUCUGAGCGAUAAGAGCUUGACAUGGGGUAAGAGUCUGGAACAAGUAAAGGGGACGGUUAGGAUGGUGUCGUUGGGGAUGGUUUGGAGAAGAGGAAAGAGGAGGGAGUAUCACGCGUUGGAAAGAGAGAAGAGGAAAUACUGCCAUUUUGCAGAGGUUGCAGAGGAUGUAGGGGUAGCAUUGCAAGCUUUAUGGACAGACUCGGGCAUGGCAGUAAUAUCAGGUUUUUGGCAGCAACAAAAGCAUAGAAGUAGCAGCAUUUUGGAUAAUGACAAGGCAGUAGGACCUGGUUUCCUUGUGGACAGAUGGUGCAGGCUGGUUGGACUGAUAUGGUGCAGAUUCACAGCAAUGGGCAAUAGGACACCUUUCAGGAUUUCAUGGUUGUUUGUGGGCAGCAAGAUAGCAUUGGCAUGGAAUGAUUUUUGGAGUGUUUUGCUUGGAGCUUUGUUAAUGUUUUCUUCUUGA